AUGUUACUGAUUGUGGAUAGAUACGUCGGAAUUAAUCCUAUGCAAAUUGAACAACCUUCUUCAAUCAGUUUUGUGAGAAUUGCUUUAAAAAAUAUCAGUGAAACGCAAUAAAAUGUUCAUCAAAGGCGGUUUUGUUGUUUUUAGCAUUCUUCUUGGACUCCUUAAACUAUCAGAGCAGAAAGAAACAUUAAAGAUCACAGUUUACUAUGAAACUUACUGUCCAGAUUCAAUUGGUUUCAUACAAAAACAGCUGACUCCACUUAUGGGAGAGUUCAACAAAUACCCUGACUGGCUUGAAAUAGAUCUUGUCCCCUUUGGUUUUGCUAAGGAGGUUGCACACUUGGAGUUUGAAUGUCAACACGGACCAAAGGAAUGUUUGGGUAACAAACUGAAUGCUUGCGCUAUCAAAAGUUUAGUGACUCACUCUAAGAAACCCCACUACUUGAAACUUAUCAACUUCAUAUACUGCACCAUGAAUGCAGAAAACCAGAUAAAAGCUGCAUACAAGUGUGCUCAACAAACUUCGGUCAACUACGCAAGAAUGAUCCGUUGUUAUGUGGAUGGGACAGGAGACAAGCUUAUAGAGGAUUAUGGGUACAGGACUGCAGCAUUGAACCCUACUCUUUCAUGGGUACCCACCAUCGUCUUCAAUGACGUGUUCAACAAAACAGAAAGUGAUGAAGCUCAACAAAAUCUGUACGGCGUAGUUUGCAGAUACAAUCCUGACGCUUGCACUUAAGAAAUAUCAACUUGGAAAUUAUAGGAAAAAGUUAUACUAAGCCAAAAUAUUAAAUAAAGGACAAAAAUAUAUACAAUUAUAUUAACUUGGAUCUAUAGAUAUAUAAUAUAUUAUGCUUGUAUGUACCACUUGCCUUUAUUUUUAUGUGACUGUGAAAAAUAAAUUUAUUAAAAUGCUUGUCAUGUAAUAA